UCGAAACCGCCCACACGCCACCCCCUUUUUUUGUUUUUUUUUUUUUAUUGAUAUUGGCUUUUGAUCGAAUAUCCCUGUGGUCCGCUGUGGCAAGUCAAUUUAAAGCAUUUUUGUAAGCCAGUUGAAAUUUGUUCAAAAUCGCUGUUGUGAGAAUUAAAUAGAGGGCGCCCUUCUGAUGAGAAAUACGAGGCGGAAAAAAAAGCCGCCCACAGUGCUAUAGCGUGAGGGGCCGGGGAGCGGCGAAGAGUCUGGUACCGGUCCAAAUGUUUGCACAGCGAUUCCAGUUCAGCAGUUGGGAGACGGUGACUCCACAAAUAUACAUGUCGGAAUCGAGAGUACCCGAAUGGAACGAGUGUCAUUCCAUUGCAGUUAUUUUCUGAUGUGAGGCUCAAAGAUUGAGGAUUUUUCAAUGCGCGUGAAGGAGCACCCCACAUCAGCUGAAAUGGCCAAGAAACGUAACAAAACCAAGCAGAAUGACUACCACAACACGUCGGAUGAAGAGAUCUUGAGAGCAAAGAUUUGUGCUCAUAUGGACAAGGCCGUCAACUUGUCAGGGAUAAAGAAAGGGCUCAAGCAAGCCGGCGGGUCCUCCAAGUUGGGACAGUGUGUGUCCUGUGUAAAUGACAAAGGGGCGUCGGACAAGCAUUCAGCGGCUUGUAGUGAGGACAGUCUUGAUCACCAUGGCAACACCACCUGGCUAUGUCUCUUCUGUGGAAACCAGGGUUGCGGGCGCGGUUCCCAGCACCAGCAUGCCCUCAAACACUAUGAGACCCCUCGGAGCGCCAGCCACACCGUGUCGCUCUGCGUGGACACCAUGGCGGUAUGGUGCUACAAGUGCGAUGAGAACAUCUACCCGGAGGACAGCCGCAAGCUGCUUGAGUGUGUGGAAUGGAUCCGCAAGGAACUGGGCGCCCCCAAGCUGCCCGCCAAGAAGAAAUCAAAGGAUUCAGACGGCGAGCCCGCUCCAACCAAAGGCCCAACGGUCAGCGAUGGGUCCAGCACCAACAAUAUCAAGGUGGACGGAGUAACAAGAGUCAAGGGUCUAAACAAUCUUGGGAACACUUGUUUCUUCAAUGCCGUCAUGCAGAACAUCACCCAGACGCAAGGCCUGCGAGAGCUACUCCACGAGAAGUGGACCGUUGGGAAGGAGGUCUGCAUCCCCGAGGACACGCACCUGUCGGUCACCCUUGACACAAGUCCUCCUGGCCAGAUGCUCUUUUGGUUUGACACGCCGAAAAAGCCAGAAGAACUCGGCGAACCGGUGGCCCCGAUAACUGUUGGUCUUCCAGCUGCGGGGUCGUUGACCUCGUCGCUCAUCAGCUUCCUGGACGAGAUGAACAAAGCCGGCAAGAGUAACAUCAUCAACCCCCGGGGGCUCUUCAAUCAGAUUUGUCAGAAGGCCUCACGGUUCAAAGGCUACCAGCAACAGGACAGUCAUGAACUGUUGCGAUAUCUGCUGGACGGCAUGAGGGCAGAGGAGAUCAAGAGGAUGCAAGAGGCCAUCUUGGCGCACUUUGACAUCAAGGGGUCAAAGGUCAAGAACCUGGACGAGGCCACCAAAAAGAAGAUCAAAGCCUACGGCCAGCACUGCAGGCACACGUUUGUGGACAGUGUGUUCAGUGGUCAGCUACUUAGCUCUGUCCACUGCAAUGAAUGCAACGUGGUGUCUGAAGUACUGGAGCCAUUCCUUGAUCUUUCUCUACCGAUAGUUGAGUCCAAGGGCAAAAGAAAUACCGCCCCUCCACGGCCCUCCGAAAAACCAACCCUUCUGGAAAAAAGUGCUGAAGCUGCAGCACCAGUUGCUCAGGCGACAGGUCUGAAGGAGAUUGAGAAUAAAAUGAGCAAACACCAGAUUCAGAAGGCACGGGAAAAGGCCAAAAAGGAUGCAAAGAGGAAGCAUCGAAAAUCACAGAGUGGCCAGCGAGAUUCAGCCAUUCAGGGCGGAGCAGAAGGAACCCCCAUCCAAUCAGAUGAGGAGGAGGCAUUCCAAGAUUCAAAUGACGCUGACAGCGAGACGUCACUCUUUGAUCGCCCCGGUCGCAAAAGCAGCGUUGACUUCACCAGGACCGUCCGGACGACGGGAUCCUCCUAUGGUCUUUCAAACAAAGCGAACAAUCCGGUGCAGCCUGGAGUAGAGGCUAGCAAAGACAAGGAAUCGGCGAGUGGCAUCACAAAAGAUGAAUCAAAUCCAGACAGGACUAAGAACCAUCAGAGCCCUCCAGAUAUCGACACAGAUGAAGAAACUGAUAAACUGGUUGGCCAAAUGAAAGGCAUGACCCUCAAAGAAAAAACUAAUGCCAAAAACAAUCUUCUGAACCCAACCAAAACAGCUCUUGCUGCUACCUCGUUGGAGAACAUCAACGGGAACUUAUCCGAGAAGGUCCGUCCCACCAGCAGCUCAGAUUCCUAUGGGAGCACCUCCAAGCUCAAUGACCAAACCUCCAGUCAGACCCAACCAGAGCAUGUAGCCUGCAACGGUCUCGGUAGCAGCACCGGCGACAGCACGAGCAGUACUAAGGACACCGUGGUACCCACCGACCCCAAGAGCCAGGCCAAUGCCUUUGAGAGUACCUCAGAGGCUAACAAGUCUAGCAUCGCCUGCGGUUACACGCCGGUCAGGCUGGCCAAGCAGGAGGACUUCUCCCCUCCUGUCUCUCCCGCCUCGCCCACCCGCACCCGCGUCAUGUCAACCCUGGCCCCACGCUACCAGGGCAAGUCGCUGGAGUGCUCCGUGGAGUCCUGCCUCAGCCAGUUCACAGCUCCAGAAUGGCUGACGGGACCGAACCGAUUCGGUUGCGAGCACUGUUCCAAGAAUGCAGACGUCAAGGAUAAAGAGAAGAAAAUAGUUUACACUGAUGCCAGCAAGCAGCUUCUUAUCCAUCAACCACCGUCAAUCUUAACACUUCAUCUCAAACGAUUCCAACAGGUUGGAUACUCGUUACGUAAGAUCACUCGCCAUAUCAACUUCCCGCUCGUCCUCGAUCUGGCACCAUUCUGCAGCACAUCAUGUAAACCAUACAGUGACAGCAAUCAGCAGGUGCUGUACGCUCUGUACGGGAUUGUGGAGCACAGCGGGCGGUUACACUUCGGCCACUACACGGCCUACGUCAAGGUGCGGCAACCCAGCGACACCCUUCGGCAGUACAUCCACCAGAUCCCACGCAACCUGAACAGCAUGAACGAGCUGUGGAACAAGACCAACGGACUGGCCAACGGGGAGGACAGCGGGACUGAGUCGGCCGCCAAGGCCGCCACGUCCUGCAACUCGCACGACAGCCAAGCUCCUGCAUCGGCGGCGAAGCGGAGCGUCACACCCCCAGAGGGUAAAUGGUUCUACAUCAGUGACUCUCAUGUCAGCGAGGUUCAAGAGUCCAAGGUACUCUCGGCACAGGCGUACAUUCUUUUCUACGAGAGGAUUGUAUAAUGGCGCCCUCAUUGUUUAGUCCUUCAUUUCCUGGUGCAGUAAUAACUAACCAGAACUUCAGGGCUAGCUGUAUGAAGAAACCUGGAAUCUGAAAUCAAGAAUUCACAUAAAGUU